CAGGUGGAAGGGCUGAUAGCCAUCGUGGUGUUCUACCUUCUCAUAUUGCUGGUUGGAAUAUGGGCCGCGUGGAGAACCAAGAACAGUGGCAGCUCGGGGGAGCGCAGCGAGGCCAUCAUUGUGGGCGGCCGCGACAUCGGGCUGCUGGUGGGCGGAUUCACCAUGACAGCCACCUGGGUCGGAGGAGGUUACAUCAAUGGGACGGCCGAAGCCGUGUACGUUCCGGAUUACGGUCUAGCGUGGGCUCAAGCACCAAUUGGAUACUCCCUUAGCCUGAUUCUAGGUGGUCUGUUCUUUGCCAAACCCAUGCGUUCCAAGGGAUAUGUGACCAUGUUAGACCCCUUUCAGCAGAUCUAUGGAAAGCGCAUGGGAGGGCUCCUGUUCAUUCCCGCACUGAUGGGGGAAAUGUUCUGGGCUGCGGCCAUUUUCUCUGCCUUAGGAGCCACUAUCAGCGUGAUCAUUAGCGCCGAUGUGCGCGUGUCCGUCAUCGUCUCCGCCCUUAUCGCCACGCUGUACACCCUGGUGGGCGGGCUCUACUCCGUGGCCUACACAGAUGUCGUUCAGCUCUUCUGCAUUUUCGUGGGACUGUGGAUCAGCGUCCCCUUCGCUCUGUCACAUUCUGCGGUUGCUGACAUCGGGUUCACGGCCGUGCACACCAAGUACCAGAAGCCCUGGCUGGGGACCAUUGAGCCGUUUGAAGUCUACACGUGGCUCGAUAGCUUUCUGUUGUUGAUGCUGGGUGGAAUCCCGUGGCAAGCCUACUUCCAGAGGGUCCUGUCUUCAUCCUCGGCCACCUACGCUCAAGUGCUGUCCUUCCUGGCAGCUUUUGGGUGCAUGGUGAUGGCUCUGCCAGCCAUACUCAUUGGAGCCAUUGGCGCAUCAACAGACUGGAGCCAGACCGGAUACGGGCCUCUCGACCCCAAGGACAACCAACAGUCAGACAUGAUCUUGCCGAUUGUCCUGAAGUACCUCUGCCCCGUGUACAUUUCUUACUUUGGUCUUGGAGCCGUUUCUGCCGCUGUCAUGUCAUCAGCAGAUUCUUCCAUCUUGUCAGCAAGUUCGAUGUUUGCUCGCAACAUCUACCAGCUUUCCUUCAGACAAAAUGCUUCCGACAAGGAGCUCGUCUGGGUCAUGCGCAUCACGGUGUUCGUGUUCGGAGCUUCCGCAAUGACCAUGGCCUUGCUGACGAAGACGGUGUACGGGCUCUGGUACCUCAGCUCCGACCUCGUGUACAUCAUCAUCUUCCCGCAGCUGCUCUGCGUGCUAUUCAUCAAGGGGACCAACACGUAUGGCGCCGUGGCAGGUUACAUUUCUGGCCUUUUCCUGAGAGUAACCGGCGGGGAGCCAUACCUGAACCUGCAGCCCUUGAUCUUUUACCCGGGUUAUUACAUUGAUAAAAGUGGCAUAUAUAAUCAGAGAUUCCCAUUUAAGACCCUUGCCAUGGUGACCUCGUUCUUAUCCAACAUUUGCAUCUCUUAUUUAGCCAAAUACCUAUUUGAAAGUGGAACCUUGCCACCAAAAUUAGAUGUAUUUGAUGCUGUCGUUGCAAGGCACAGUGAAGAAAACAUGGAUAGGACAAUUCUGGUCAGAAAUGAAAAUAUUAAGCUAGAUGAACUUGCACCUGUGAAGCCUCGGCAGAGCAUAGCUCUCAGCUCGACUUUCACCAAUCAGGAGGCCCUCCUCCACAUGGAUUCCAGCCCAGAGGGGUCUGGGACUGAAGAUAAUUUACAAUAAACACAUCCUCACUGCUUUCCUAGACGGAGCUCUAUAGCAGGCUAGUCCCGGAAGGGUGGUUUGCGGCAUAUAAAAUAUAUU